AUGAUGGAUCCAACUGGUCUUUAUCGGCCAUCAUUGCAAAGAUCAAACGCAUCAACUGGGUCACUACCACUCGUUGAUUCAACAAAUGCACCAAACAACGGAAAGAGAAAACCUUCUAUAUCUACAGCAAAAAUUGCCGCUUUAAACGCUACUGCAGCUUCUGUACAAUCUUCACCAAUGGCUUCGCCUGCUUUGCCACGGGGCAAUGCUCUUCUAUCUCCUCAACGAUCGUAUUUCGACCUUUCCAGUAGACCGUCGAUCGAUAUGGCUCGCACAGAAUCAGCAGAUUCAACGCGAUCACUUCGAUCUAAAUCAAGUAAGAAAGAUUUGAAAGAGUUGGGUCGUUCAACUACGCCACUUUCAAGCUUUGGAAAAAGUAGUUCUUCCAGAAAGGCUUCUAAUGCCGAUUUGAAAGCGCAAGAUGACGAUGAUGAUUCAGGGUUGGAUGAAUCUUUUACCUGCUGUUAUGGUAACGAAUUUGACCGUCAACAUCGUGCUGCUCUUGCAAAAGUAGCAAAUAUGCCAACAACAGAAGAUAGUGAAGCCGCUCAUCAGAGAUGGUUAGAUGCUACCUUCAGAAAGCUUUCGCAAAAGAGUGUUGCACGUCAUUCACAACAAAUGCAAGGUUACGGUCAUCAUCACAAAGGAAGAGCUCCUUCUCUUUCUGCAAGCAAUAUGCAAAGAGUUGGCAGCAUCGAUGAAGGAUGUGAAUCCGAACCAAUGUCCCCAAAUGCAGCCAAAACUCAUUUCCUUGACUUCACGUCCAUCAUCAGCCCAAUUCCAUCAAGCAAUCCAAAUCCAAAUGCAAUGGCAAAGCAGCAAUCAUUAUCACCUCCCGGCAAUACUCUGCAAGUACCAAAUGUAGGUUCACUCGGAAGUCACAAUGCCAACGUAACUCCAAGGCCGUCGGAUUUCCAAAGAUUCCCACUUCCUCUUACGCCAUCACCUGUCUUUCAUGAUGCUUUGGAACUUCAACCUGCUUCUCCUCGUCAUGCAAUGAUGCCACCACCUGCACAGCCAUUGUUGCGCAGCAGACGCAGUGAAGACUCUUUGACAAUGCGUAAACGUAUGCAAAGACAACCUUCCCUACCAGCAGCAGGACCAAUCUCUCCAACUUAUGGCGAGAUGACUUUAGAUGGUCAUCCUGUACCCAGAUUACCUGAUUGGGCAAAAUCAGAAAAUCGCAUGAACUCUUCUUCCAACGUUCGAUCGCAUAACGCUCAACAUUCUAUGGAAAUGGCACGUACUGCAAGCCACAAUGUGACAAGCAGUCAACAGGCCUUGCAUAGGCCUAUCGAUAUGAGUCGUGCCACCAGCCAGGAUACAGGAUCUUUGCAGUUGUCGCUCGGUACUCCUUUGAUGUCUCAUUUUGAUCAAUGGGAAGAGAGGGAUAACAGGGCAUUGUCGCCUGUGCAAUCGGUCAACAUGCCUGCUCGUAGUCAAAGUUCAAUGGAUCAAAGGCCAGUACGACCACAUGUACAGCCUUUGAAGCUGACCAAUGAGACUUCACAUAGACGUAAUAUGAUGAACAAUUCGUCAACUUCUUCCGCUGCUUCCGUUUCGACGACCGGAUCAAGUUCUUUCCAUAUCAACCGUGAAUCCGUCAGUUCUGCAGCAUCUGAUUCGGAUAUCUCUUCCAGCAUCUCUUCCGUUCCACAAACACCAGUUUCAAAAUUUAACAAUUUACCAAACAGUGGGCCGAUCAUCAUGCACCGUGACGGUCAUGUAAAUUCGGUAUAUUACGACGCUGAUCCAAUCUCUGAACAUAAUAUAAUCAACAAUGCAGGAACGGAAGAUCAAUUGGCAACCAUUCGAGCUGUUGUAGGUGGGUGGGCAGAAGAUAAGAGUAAAUCUGCACCUCCAACUGCCCAGAUCAAGACUCCACGCGCUCAUGACGGACGUCGUUUUGGCAGCGUUCCACACGUUGCAAACAUCUUUACUGCUUCUGAAGCUUUGUCAAAUGUUUCGCAAACGCAAGGCAACAAAUCAAGUCAAAGAUCGCCUGACAGUAAAGCUGUCUUGCACGGUAAAGCAAUUCAUGGGAGGCCUAGAGCAAACACGACUUCUUCUAUGACACCAUCUUCGUCUAGUGAUGUGGCAGCACCUGUUGCUCAAAUUCAUGUGAGAAACGGAUCGGAAUCUAAGCCAAGCAGGGAGCAUGUUACAAGCAUUGCUUUACCUACAAGCCCCGAAAGAGUGUCAUCCUUAUCACAUGCACGCAAACAUAGUGAUGGCUCAAGACGUGCAUCAGUGGCAAGCAACAUCUCCAACAACUCCGCCUCCCACUCUGUCAUCUCUGCAACAUCUUCUUCCGUACGCAGCAGUGGAAGCAGUGGUAGUGGAGCAUCUGCUUUGUUGUCCUACAUGCGUAGCAAUUCUUCCAAAUCACAAACCAGCUUGCACGGUAGAAAGACAUCAGAAACAGAUGCAAACAAGACUGCUAAAACACCAUCUUCCUCAUCCGGAAGCACAUUGCAUGCUGGCAGUCCAUCAAGUUCUUCUGAUACCGCCACUUCUUCCCCUAUCAAACGAGGAGCAAUGUCUGCUGAAGAAUUAGCUCAUUCGAUCGGAAGAAGGUUCGGUAGAGGAAUUGCUGCUGCUUCGGCCGCCAAUCGUGCUUGA